AUGAUGCAAAGCCUUGUGCGUGAGAAGACUUUAUCGCAGAGAUACGAUUCGUUCGGGGACGGCAAGAUGAAUCCUGGGGUGAUGGGGCCUGUCUCGCCUACUACCACCUUGACAAUCACGCGCGUCCAUGUUCAGUAUUGCGUCGCAGUUUGGCUUUGCGCCAAAGAUGUUGCCUUGAAAAUGUUCCCUUCAAAACGCUGGACAUCGAUUGCAACCAGCGGAGGAAAGCUCUGGAACGGGUCGUGCCUUUAA